CGGCAGAUCGCGGAGCCAUCUCCGCUGGCGAACAAGACAUCUCCAACAGUUGAAGAGGACUCCUCGUCGCCGAUCCUUGACUUAUUUUCUUCGCGGUUUUCCCCCGGGCUCGAGCAGUUUCAUCGUCUUCAGAAUUUCCAAAAAUGCGGUACUCGACAGCGAUCUUCGCCUUCUUGGCGCAAGCAGUCAUCGGCCAGGCUGAGCCGACCCCCGGCGAAGAUGGAACGUACACAAUCUCUGCCCCGGGCAUCAAGGCUCAGUUCAUCCCCUACGGCGCAACACUCAGGAACCUGUUUGUCAAGGACAAGAAUGGCAAAGAUGUUGAUGUCGUCCUCGGCUAUGACAACAUCACCUAUUACCCCGUGGACCCCGGACAUCCGGUGUACAACUCCAUUCCCGGGCGAUACGUGAACCGGAUCGGGCACGGCACUUACACGCUCAACGGUACAACCUACAAGACGCAGAUUAACGACGGGAACAACACUCUGCACGGCGGUACCAACAACUGGUCGUAUCAAUUCUGGAACGUUACUGCAGCUUCCGAGGACUCGAUCACGUUUUCCAUCUACGAUGCCGUCAACACGUCCCCCGGGUUCCCCGGGAAUGUCCAGGCCAACGUCACCUACAGCGUGACCAACAGCACCUGGAACAUCAAGAUGGUGGCCGUGCCCGACGCUGAGACUCCCCUCAUGCUCACCCAGCACACCUACUUCAACCUCGACGCCUUCAAGAACCCCGACACGGACAAGAUCUGGGACCACACCCUGCACCUCCCCUACUCCCCGCGCUACCUCGAGGGCGACGCCGGCGCGCUCCCGACGGGCAAGAUCCUGACGGCCGCGCCGGGCAGCGUCAACGACUUCGCGAGCGCGGCCGACAUCUCCUUCGGGCACUCGGUCAACAAGACCGGGUUCGCCGACAACUGCGGCGGCGGCUGCGACGGGUACAACGGGUUCUGGAUCAUCGACGACGCGCCCAAGGACGCCGUCGUGCUGUCGCUGGCGAGCCCGUUCAGCGGCAUCCGCGCCGACCUGCGCACCGACCAGGCCGGCCUCGUCGUCUACUCGUGUUUCUGGAGCGACGGCACUGCCGACCUCAAGAGCACGCAGGGGCUCGCGGGUAGGGAUAAGGUUACGAGUAGCUCGUGUGUUGCCAUUGAGGCGCAGGAUUAUGUCGAUGGUAUCAACCACCCCGAGUGGAAGCGUGAGGAUGCUGAGAUCACGGGUGCCGGUGAGACAUAUAGCUGGGAGAGUUCCUGGACGUUUGGUACUCUCUGAGAACCCGUAAGCUCGACGACAAAUAUGAUUUGAAUGACGGCGUGGAAGGGGGAAUUCUAUUCUAUUAAGUAUAUUCUUACUGUGGUGAGAUACCUGUAAUUAGUCCAUAUGAUCAACGCUGCCCGAAGGGAUGCCUACCU